GUUACUUGUGCUUCCAUUCUUCCAUGCUUCCAUCGGACGGCGGAAUCAUACGAGAAUAGAAACCAAGCCGUGUUACCACAUCAACGGGUUCUUCGCCAAUACUGAUAUACAAUAUGGCCACAAAGAUCGCCAAGAUUGUUUUGGACAACAUCAACAUAAUUUCUCUUUUGUCUGUUUGGUCAUGGCAACAGAGGCCGUCUAUUGGAACUGUGGACUUCUUUGUUUUCUUCUCUAAUUUACAUUACCUACCCUGCACUUACAUCCUGUUGAUGAGGCCUUCACUCGAUAUGCCACUAACAUCCUCUCCCUCUUUGCUAUCUAUCACUUCUCAUACCCAUGCCCUGUUAUCGUUGUUUUUUUUUCCCCCCAUGUUUGUUUGCUGCGAUCGUUGUACCCGCCAUAGCUCCGCAAUAACUUCAAAGUCAACAUUCAACAUUCUGCCACGACGGUGAGAGCAGACUAGUUCAGGUCCUUGGGAUUAUUACUAGUUCAACGAGUUACCAAACCGCGGGUAAUAAUGCUUCAAGGAUGUUCUUCCUUUUCUUUGUUGACUCCUGAAGACUUCUCGACCACACUGAAAGGCACGAUGAAGCUUUGCUUUUCCUCCUGCACAUUGGAUC